AUGGGCUUUUUCCCCUUCAGCCAUAUCGAGGCGUACAACGACUACCUUUCUCUCAACAGCCCAGCAGGUAGCGGAGCCGUUGUUAGCGCUGAUAUCGAUCUUCCAGCAAAGUACGCCUCUCCCAACGGCACUCGAAACGAUGUAGAUGUGUUUCAUCCCAAAGCUUCGCGUACGCUGUACGUUGGGGGCCUAGAAAGUCGCAUUUCCGACGACACACUUCGUCGACGUUUUGGGAAAUUCGGGACUAUCUUGGAUGUAGAUGUGAAAAAUUACGAGUCGCCUUCGCCUUUUGCUUUCAUCCAGUUCGCUGAUAUAGACUCUGCUGUACGUGCAAUAAAUGCACAUUCUAGUGCUGGGGUACCUGCGAAUAAAAAGGGGAAGAAAUUCCAGCCCAACUUCGGCCGAUCGAUGACGACGAACAAGUUAUGGAUUGGCUCCAUACCUCUACAGUGCGCUGAGGACUAUGUUAUACAGAAACUUCGUUCGCUAUCUGAAGGGGUUGUCGAUGUGGUUGUUGACAUGCGUGUGCGGCAAGCAAUAGUUGUAUUUUCUUCCACUGAAGCAGCUCAGGCCGCCUUAAAUCGCAUCAAAGCUGGCGUUCCUAAGCAGUUGUAAGU